GGUUGCAUGUUAUUCUUUUUUAUUUUUUGAGAAAUUAUGCUGUCACGUGGGACAACCCUGAGCUGUCCAUGUUUUUAAUAGCAUGCAAUUUUGAUACUAUGUGGUCUUUCCAGUUCUACCUCAUCCCGCACCAUUGAGUAGUUUGCACUUUUGAACAAAUGGUAAGACGAUCUCGAGAGCGGGAGGAGCGCUCAAGCUCCAGUUCACCAAUGAGGCGCGCGCGUCGCAAACUACCCGCCACUUUGAGCGCGCUCGAGCGGAAUCACGGCACCAACCGCGCGCUAAGCGAGAGAGAGAGAGCGUGUGUGCGCGCGCGCUAGUGUGUACAAACAUGCGCUCCUUUCGCCCGUGCUCCCCGGAGUGAGCCGAGCGGCGCGUGCAAGGAACGCGACGGAGACAAAUCGAGACAAAUGCGCGUCUCGUCUCGUUCGCUUGUAGCCUGAUUGUCCUCCUCCUCCUCCUCUUCCUCCUGACGGCGUCUCGAGAGAAACAACACCAGCCAUGGAAAAGCGCGAGCAGCAAGUAAAGAAGGGGACAUCGCGGAAAUUCAAGGCCACCAAACACAAGGAGAAAAAGCGAGCCGUCGGAAAACCGUUCCGCAAGAAGUCAUUUAAAUCAGUCGGGACUUUCGUGGCGAGGAUUUUUAAAAGUUUAGGCGCCUGGACUCACGGCAGACACGCCGCCGAGCCGCUGGACGCCGAGGACGAUGACGGUGGAUUCCGGGUCGCCGCGCCGUGCACCACUUCGGCCAGUGUGAGGAAAGAGGAGGAGCGGGAGCGCUCGGGGAGAACUUCCACUCUCCAGACGCGCAGUUCACUCAGAGAGCGGCUUUCGUUGUCUUACGGCGAAAAGACUCCCGGCGUCCUGGGGCUGAAGAACCACGGGAACACCUGCUUCAUGAACGCCGUGGUGCAAUGCCUGAGCAACACCGACCUGCUCGCUGAGUAUCUCGGCUUGGCGCAGUAUAAGAUGGACAUUGGUGAGAACAUGAUGAAUCACGCGAAGAAAGUGAGGAGUGAAGACGCGCAGCUCGCUCCGGGGGAGGUGACAGAGCAGCUGGCGGCGCUCGUGAGGGCGCUCUGGACGCUGGAGUACACUCCACAACUCUCAGUGGAGUUUAAGAUGAUCGUGUCCAAGUACGGCUCUCAGUUCCGUGGGAAUUCCCAACACGAUGCGCUGGAGUUCCUGUUGUGGCUGCUUGACCGCAUCCACGAAGACGUCAACUCAUCAUUAUCAUCCUCAUGUGGAAACAACAGGACCAAAACCAAUGGAAAGGAUAUUGGAGGAGGAGAGGAUUUAGCUAUGUCUGACCUUCCAGAUCAGCAGCCUGGUGUACGUCACAGCUUUGUACAGGAGCACUUCCAGGCGCAGUACAAGUCAUCCCUGACAUGCCCUCAUUGCCUUAAGCAGAGUCACACCUUUGACCCAUUCCUUUGCAUCUCCCUUCCCAUUCCUUUGCGUCAGACCAGGCCACUGUGUGUGACUCUGGUGUUCAGCACUAAAGGGCAGAGGUACUUAAGAGUGGGACUGGCUGUGCCUUUAUUCGGCUCUCUGGCUUGCCUGCGCAGAAUGGUGGCAGAUGAAGGCAAGAUUUCCCCAGACCAAGUGAUUUUGACUGAAAUGUACUCUACCGGUUUCCAGCGCUCAUUCUUUGAUGACGGCGACUUGACCAGCAUCGCAGAAAACGAUGUCAUUUAUGCCUUCCAAGCCCCGCCUCUUUACAUCAGGGGAGGAUCCACUAGAAUAUCUGGCUACCAUCACAGUCUCCCUUCUUCCCCCUAUUCCUUGUCUGGGGCCGAGGCAAAGAGGCUGGCUGCAUCCGGUGCACUCUCCUCCGAGUUCCUCAACCAUGGAGGUGGAACAGCAAAGAUUCUCCUGCUGGUGUGCAAUGCCACUGGAGCAGAUCAACAAGCUGUGAGGUUUGGUCCUCCAUUCCUGAUGAGAGAGGACAAGUCAGUGUCAUGGGACCAGCUGCAGCAGAGCAUCCUCAGUAAGCUGUACUACCUGAUGAUCAGUGGAGCACAGCCACAGAAUAACAGAGUCCUGUUUAAGAUCCGUGUUGUUGGGGGAUCAGUGUCCUGUAGCUACCUGAAUCCGCAGGAUGGACGUCCACUUUACCAUCCUGCAGUUGACAGAGCUCUGAAGCUGUGCGGCGCAGGCGGUCCUCCACAUGUGAAGCUGAUUGUGGAGUGGGAACACAGAAUAAAAGACUGUCUCUUUGGUAACAUCCAGGAGGAGGUGGUAAAGGAUUGUGAAAGUGUACGUGCCCAGCAGCAGCAGCAUGUUCAGCAACAUAGCUGCACACUGGACGAGUGCUUUCAGCUUUAUACUAAAGAAGAGCAGCUGGCUCCGGAUGAUGCGUGGAAGUGCCCUCACUGCAAGCAGCUGCAGCAAGGCAUGGUUCAGAUGAGCCUGUGGACGCUCCCAGACAUCCUCAUCCUCCACCUCAAGCGCUUUAGACAGGUGGGGGAACGACGGAACAAGCUCUCCACUCUCGUGCGCUUCCCUCUCACAGCCCUGGACAUGGCACCCCACAUGGUCAAGAGGAGUAACUGCACUCGCCUUCCAUCCACCUGGAAACAGCAGCUUCAUCAAAGGACUGACCAUCCUGAGGACUUCCUGUACGACCUGUAUGCUGUGUGUAACCAUCAUGGAGGCAUGCAUGGAGGUCACUACACAGCAUUCUGUAGGAACUCAGUGGAUGGCCAGUGGUACAGUUAUGAUGACAGCAGUGUAGAGCCGGUACCAGAGGGGGACGUGUGUACACGUGGUGCUUAUAUCCUCUUUUACCAGAGACGCAACAGCAUCCCUGCAUGGUCAGCCAGCUGCUCGCUUAGAGGCUCUACAAGCUCCUCCAUGUCUAAUCAUUGGCUUGUUCGUUUGGCAUCUGUGUCAGAAGAAAGCCAAACCUUGAGUCCCACAACCAAGACCUCGAGCGGCUCCUCAGCUCCCGAACCUCAGACGCCAACUUCUCCUGUUUUCUAUGAGCAGCCAAAAGUAGAAGUUGAUGGAUUUGAAACGAGACCGUUUGUUCGCGGCACUCAGGGCCGUAGCGUGAGCCUGCGAUCACCCACUAAGAACAAGGAGAACCUGGGCAAAGUGCUUCCCCUACGCUGGUCUUUAGGUUCCAAGGACCGUAAAAAAGUCACUUCUGUUCCUCCGACCACGACCCCACAUCCUGUAGAACUGGUGGAGUACCUGGAAUCUGGGCGGAGGCCACGGUGCACCAAGGAGCCAAUAGUCAGCUUGGUGGCAAGUCCUGCUCAAGGUAAAGCCCAGCUUCCUGUGGAAGACUCCCUCAGCUCCCCUAGCAGUAGCAGCGGCUUAAGUGGGGCAGAUCGAGGAAGCUGUCGUGAGACUGACUCGCCUCGAAUACCCGAAGGCCAGAGCAGACCAUCUUCAAUCAGAAGUGCUACUAAGGGCAGAGAUGAAAGUUUACUCUCCAGGAGGAGUUCAAAGAGGAGGCAGGAGCAACACGGAAAGUCUCAAGAUGGUCACUCUAGUCGAGAAUCCACUGCUGGCCUUCAGCCUGGGUCUAGCUCAGCUCAAGGUUUAUCUUACAGCACAGGUGAAAGCAAAGAUUCCACAUUAAAGCGAAUUUGGAACCAGCCAGCAGUAGCUACCAGGACUUCAGGUAGUCAAAACCAGCAAGAUGACGUUGCAGGAAGCAGGAGUGACGAGGUUCAGGGAAUCCCAGCAUUCCUAAUGCCAGGCAACGUUAAGAAGGACAACCAGUCAAAGGACAUACGCGCCAAAGAAGCAGGUCAAGGAAGGACGCUAUCAAAUAAGAGCUCAAACAAGCUGUCCGUAUCCAACGGCACUCCAAAUGGACUAGUAGUGGAGGAGAAGAAAGGUAACGGCACCCACAGGAGCAGCAGCGCACGUUACUACAAUAAAACUCAGAUAAAUGGAAAGGAGUCCAGCAUUGGUAGUGGUGGGAAUAUUAAGCGAGCACUAAGCUCAUCCAGCCUUCAAAGCAGACUGGAUAUGAAUCUGAGGAGGACAGUGUCCCUCCAGAGGAAUGGGCUGCUCGUUCCUUCUCAGAAGGGAUGCACUGCUGAUAAACCAUCCUACAAUACAUUGCAGAGGAACAGAUAUAGCACCACAUCACUUGGCAGGCAGAGACCCGUGCCUGAGUCCUGCUUCUGAUUUCAGGACAGAUGAAGCGUGCAAGAAAAGUCCAGUUUGAGUGCCUCCCAUGAAGACAAGAUAUUUAGGGUACUUUCACACAGGCUCCAAUUGAAGGCAUGAGAAUGAAUAUGAUAUUUUGCUAUGGAGAAAGUUUAUCAUUAUUCAUUAUGUAACAAUACAUGUUUUUAUUCUUUUCACAACAGAAGAGUUAAUAAUGUUAUUACUGCACCCACAAUGGCACAUCUUCAGACAUAUUCAUAUAUACAAAUACAUAUGAUAAAGUAAUGAUCUUCACGUAUUAUUAUUAUGUUUACGUCCUGUCUGACAUGAUUUUAUUCAAGCUUGCAAUUAUAUAGGGAAAUAAAACGCAACAGGACGUGCUGUUAUAACAAAAUAAUCAAUAACAAAGUGGAAUGAUAUAUGCUUAUAAGAGUUUUAUUCAUCUUAUACAACAGCGAUUUGCCAAUGAAUGCAUUUCUUUUUUUAUUAUUACUUUUAUGAGUCAUUCCCUGUUAAUAUUUACUCUGUUGCAGCUAUAGAUAAUCGUUCCCACAUUUUAUUUGUCAGUUAAUAAGAUGACUAGAAAUUCAGCUUGUUAUCGAGAAAAGAACACAGAGCAAUCUUAUCUGUCCUGAAGGCUUUCCCAUGGUACAUCUGACUGUUACUGACACUGGAGACUCCAUCCAUGAAUGUUUUAGAGCAUCUACUGUACGUCGCUGCGAAUGAGCUGCCACAAUGUAAACCGUGGCAUAUUAGAACAAGCGCAAUAGUUCAAAGCUGUGAUCGUGCUGUUAUAGAGAAAUUUCAUGUUGUUAUAACACCUUUUUAAAAAUCUGAUUUGAAUGUGAAGAGAAUGUGAGCGUUAUCCAAUCAGGAGGGAUCAUUCAAAUCAGUGUACAGAAAUCCGAAUAAUUUUUUUUAUUGACUUCCGUGUGUUUUAAUCAUCAAUAGGUUUGCUACCCCAUGAAAAAAACAGGACCUUGCGAUUUCUGUGAAUUUUUAGCUUUUCAUCCUUAACGCUUUUGCCAAAACUAGAAAACAGGAAACAUUAGAUUUAACCUUAUAUUUUUAUGUUGAAAGAUUGAAUUGUGCGAUAUUCCCACAUAAUAUAUUCAGCGCAAAGUACAGGUUUAAAAUAUAAACAGAUUUUAGCCAAAAAUGUCAGAACCCUAUAUGUAUAUGGUUUUCAAAUAUCAGGAGGAUUUUCAAUUAAGUCCAAACACUCACAAAACACUGUGUGUAAUGCAAUCAAAACUUCAUCAUCAAGCCAACAUUAUUUGUCAUAGUAUAUACAUAUUUGAGUAAAACAUAGAGAUGCAUUGAAACGGAUGCCAGGAUCAGGUACAGAAAUCAUUUAUUUAUACUGGUGAAAACUCUCCAAUACCGAUAUCUAAUACCAUGUGCUACUAGAUUACCAAACCUGCCCAUUUAACCAAUGAUGGUAAUUUGGAUGUAUAUGAAAUGAUUGAGAUUACUUUUAUGUUUUUAUGCAGUACAAGUAACCUGAUAAAACAUCUUAGGAAGAUAUUAUUAAUAGACAGAGUAGGAACAGAUGCACCGAGUGUGUACUGAGCAGCAUGAGCAAGUGCAGUCGUUACUGAAGCUACUGUAAAUUGUGCUGUGAUAUGUAAAUCGUGCAAAAGAUACGACGCAGUGUAGUGAACAGUGACGAGAACGCUAGCGACACACACACGUGCAUUUUUCUAGUUCUCCAUUUUGCUCAAGAUGCAGUUCAUAGCACUUUUAAUGACCACCUGAUAUUUGUUUGCAUGCUCAGGCGUCCCGGACUCAUGCUGUUUAAACACUAUAAAACAUUAAAUGUAUGUGGACGCCUGCCUAUCAAACCUAUAUGUGUUUGUUUUUCCUACCUGUUGCCACAAAAUUGGAAGCACAUAUUUCUUGAGAAUUUCUUUGUAUGCUGUAGGGUUACAGUUUUCCUUCACUGGAAGUAAAGUUCCAGCAUGUCAGUGGGGGGGCUUUGACCCUAACCGCAGUGGAUAUCUUUGGGAUGAACUGGAAUGGCUUCCUCACCCAACAUCAGUGACAAGAUUUUCUUGAAUGAGCACAAAUACUCACUGCCACAUUCCAAACUCUAGAAGCCUUCACAGGAUAAUGGAGGUUAUUAUAACAGCAAGACAAACUUUGUAUGUUAAACAAACACAUCUAGGUGUGAUAUCCAGGUGUCCACAUACUUCUGGUGUCAGUACAACCCCUAAUAAAACAGAAGCAUUGAAAUAUUUCUUUAAAAUCGCACCUUUAGCUUCGCUUUCCAUCGUAACUGCGUAUAUUUUGAUCCAUUUCUUGGAGCAUUUGCAAUGUAAAAAGGAACUAACAACUCUUUUCACACACAUUUCUGGUUCUCUGCUUUACAUGGUUCCAGACUCCAAAACCCCCUAUGACUAUAUCUUUUAUGCUUCAGGAUAUUGGCAUGAAUUUUUGGACAUGCUCUUUGAUAUUGGUGCAGGAGUCAAGGAGCUCUCUGAAUUUUUUUGCGUAAUGAUUCGUGAUUAAAUAUCCAAAACCCCCUCUAGUACACUUGUUGCAUCAGUAAGGGCUUGGUUUGUUUCUUUUGAAAUGAACAAUAUGUCAGAUAAGUAUGUCAGAGAUGGCGAUAAGUAUGCAAUUAAAAAUACAUUUAUGCAAUGAAAUGCGGUGGAACAGGUCAAUUCUUAGAAAAGACAGAAACAGCAGUCAGUGUCUUAAUGGAAAACAGCUCCAACUUUGAUUGCGACGUUUCUCAAAGUGCCUUUCUGUAAUGUUCUCGAAGGAGCAUUGGUAAAAAAAUGUUUUCUGUGUAGACACGUGCACAAAUCCAUAUGCAUAUACAUAUACGUUCAGCUGUAUCGCACAUUGUGGCACAAACAAUAUACAGACCACACACACACACACACAUAUACACAAUCUUUCUUCUUUUCCUAAAGAUGCAGUUAGAAAGAGACGUAGCUGCAGCUAAUGUACAAUUCAAGUUGAGCAGUUUAUCUUCCUUCGUCUCUGUUGUCAGCAUUGCGAAGAACACGAGUUCUCCGAAUGCAUUACAUUUGUGCUUUUGGGCUUUUGGUCACUAAAUUACACUGACAUAUGCUGUAGAUCGGUUAAAGUAUCAGUAAUGACACAAUGGCUGGUGUACAUUUUUUCACAUUGAAUUCAGCAGCAAUAUGUAGAUAUAUAGUGAGAGAAAUUGCACUUUUAACGUAGCCAGAAAGCCUUCCUUUCUGGCUACACAAUCAUUAUAUCAUGUUUUAUUUGCUAAUAAGUAGAUUAUAUAUGUGUAUGGGUGUGUAGCUAAAGAUUUCUAAGACAUUGAUAACAAGCUUUAGUCCUGUCUGCCCUGAGAAGCUUAUAACAAGUUAUAGUGAGUGGCACUGAACAGGAACCAAAAUCUAUUGAACUAAAAUGUAGUCUUUUUUUUUUUACAAUCCUUUUUUUUUUUAAUUAACUGUAUAUUUAUUCCAUGAAGGCUUCCCUCUCUACAGGCUUUCCAAACCAUUUAGACUUGUCCACCUCUAAUAGAGUAUCAGUGAGCUGCUUUUUCUUCUGUCAUCCCAACACCAUACCACACGAAAUGAAGGCCGUACUGUAUAUACCCAUAUACUCAAUGCAUUUCACUAGCUCGCUAUACAUUACUUUCUGUUCACUACCCUUUAUUCAGCCUAGUCAAUUAGAUUUUAGUCAAACCAGUGAAGGAAACUUUCUGUAGGUUGUGAUUUCAAAUCCCAAGUACUGUUCGAGAGCCUCUUCUGAGCCAGUGAAUGAGACUCUUUAACUGUACCCUGCCUUACUUCCAAGUCACUCUGGAUCCAAGCAUCUGCCAAAUGAGUAGCUGCGAAACACUGUUUCCCACUUCCUGGUUCAACAACUAAACUAAAUCUCUGGUUUAACAUCUUGCAUUUCCCAAUUCAGUUCAGUAAUUAUGAUAAGAAUGAAAUCUGAUAAGAAUGAAAUCUUGCUUAUGGAAGUACUAUAAUGAAGGAACCACGAAAGGGUUAAAGGUUGUGGAUAUAUAUAUAUAUUUUUUUGUUGGUUUUUUUGUUGUUUUUUUAAUGCAAACUUUUGUAUUCAAAAUCUUUUUUACUAAUCUGUAAUUAAUGUAAAUAAAGCUGUAAAAUUGUGUACUUAAUCUUUGUGUUUAGAUACUGAUUAAAUGGCAAAGGACAAAAAUGAAAUGUAAUCAACGCACUGGGAAGAAAUCUAAAACACGUUUGUACCGUCACUUUAUAUAGCACAUUGUACUUUAUUUUUUAAUAUAGCUAAUUAAACACUCUUUUUGUCA